CACAUAUUAAAUAUUUAUUGCUAAUAUUAAUAUACAUAACAUGCCUCCUGUGUUUUCAAAACUCUUAGAUGUGAAAUAGUUUAUGUUGAAAUCAACAAAGAGAAAAGUAAGAAUAAAUGAAUAAUGUAAUUAGAUGAUUUCAGGAGCUGUAAUAGCAGUGAUUCUCUACUUACUUAAGAUUAGAUUGACAAAAUCAUAGACUGAGAAUAUUAAAAUAAAGAGAGAAGAAAAAAAAGGAAAAGGUAACGUUGAUCUCAUGUUCUUUAAAAGGAUUUUGAAAUUAUUGAAAAUAGUAAUACCAAGUGUGAGUUCACCAGAAAUUUUAGAUUUAUCAUUGUUAACGUAAGAUAAUAUCUAAGUUAUAGAGCAUCCUUAGUAGCAAGAACAUUUUUAAGUAUUUUUAUAGCUAAUGUAAAUGGACAAAUAGUAAGAGCUAUUAUAGAAUAAGACUUGAAUAUGUUUUUAUAGAGAAUUUUCAAAUUAGGGUUUGUUGCUAUACCUGCAUCAUUUGUAAAUUCAUUUUUGGAUUAUUUGAAUAAAUCAUUAGCAAUUAGAUUUAGAAAAAGAUUAACAUAGCAUUUCCAUGAUAUUUAUUUGAAUGAUAUGAUCUUUUAUUAAUUGAGUAAUUUAGACAGUCGUAUUGCUAAUCCUGAUUAAAGAUUAACAGCAGAUAUUGAAAAAUGGGCAAAUUCAUUAUCUUAAAUAUAUUCUAAUUUUUCUAAACCAGUUUUAGAUAUUGUAAUGUUCUCUAGAAAAUUAGCUGAAUUGGUAGGGUAUAAAGGCCCAAUGUAUGUAAUAAUAUAUUAUUUGGUUUCUGGAUUUUUAUUAAGAUUUUUAAGUCCUCCUUUUGGUAAAUUGACAGCAAUAGAAUAAAGAUUAGAAGGAGAUUAUAGAGCUUGUCAUAGUGAUUUGGUUUAUCAUAGUGAAGAGAUAGCAUUUUAUAGAGGACAUGCUUGGGAAAAAACAAGAAUUACAAAUUCAUUUAAUAAUUUGAUUGGACAUACAAAUUAGAUUAUAUUAAAAAGAUUAUAUAUGGGAGUAUUUGAUAGUAUGUUAGUGAAAUAUGGUGCAGUAAUGGUAGGUUAUGCAGUUGUUGGUUUACCCGUAUUUGGUAGUAGAAGAGAGGAAUAUUUAAAAAGUGUAAAUAAUGAUGCUUCAGCAAUUACAAGAGAUUAUGUUAGAAAUUCAUCUUUAUUGAUCAAUUUAGCUAAAGCUAUUGGAAGAUUAGUUGUUUCAUAUAAAGAAAUAUAAUAAUUAGCAGGAUAUACAACUUUAGUUGCUGAAUUAGAUGAAGUUUUAAAAGAUUUAAUUAAUGGUAAGUAUAUGAGAACAAUGUUAUAAACUAAUGAAAAUUAACCAGGAUAUUUUGCAUAGAAAUAAUCAUUAGUUUCUAUGAAUAGAGGAUAGAUAAUUGAAACAGAAAAUACUAUCAAAUUUGAAGAAGUUCCUAUAAUAUCACCUAAUAAUGAUAUAUUAGCAUAAAAGAUGACUUUUGAAGUAAUAUUAUAAAAAUAAUAUGUAGAUUAAACCAAAUAUGAAUUGUAUAGUUACUGGUCCAAAUGGAUGUGGAAAAUCAUCAUUGUUUAGAACCUUGGGAGGUUUAUGGCCAAUAUCUGGUGGUAGAUUAUAUAGACCUCAUAUUGAUAAAUUAUUUUAUAUUCCAUAGAGACCUUAUUUACCAGCUGGAACAUUAAGAGAUUAAAUCAUAUAUCCUCAUACCAAAUUAUAAAUGUUAAGAAAGAAGGUUUCAGAUGAUGAUUUAACUGAAUUGUUAAGAUUAGUUCAUUUAGAUUAUUUAGUAGUAAGAGAAGGUGGAUUUGAUAAAUGUAAUGAUUGGAAUGAUGUCUUAAGUGGUGGAGAAAAGUAGAGAAUUGCUAUGGGUAGAUUAUUCUAUCAUAAACCAGUAUUUGCCAUUUUAGGUAUUUAUUAUUAAUUAUUUAUUCUAAGAUGAAUGUACUAGUGCUGUUUCAAUGGAUGUUGAAGCCACCUUAUAUUAGACUGCUAAAAUGUUGGGAAUUACACUAUUCACUGUUAGUCAUAGACCUUCUUUAUUCAAACAUCAUGAUUACAUGAUUCAAUUUGAUGGCGAACAAGGAUGGAAUUUCAAAUAAAUAGAACAUAGUUCAGAAUGA